ACCCGAACCAUCUUGGCUUCUUCUCCGUCUCCGCGCGCGCGAGCCACUCGUCGCUCGAAUCCCCCCACAUCCACACAAGCGACGCGAGCUCGGCGCUCCGGCGGGCCAUGGCGGGAGCCGUCGUCGCGGCGAGCUCCACCGCCUGCUCGUCCCCGGGUCCGAACCCGACAGGGCGUGACCCGGUUAGGAGGCGCGUGCAGGCGCCUGUGCCGCGGCCUCCACUUGUGGCAGCUGCAGCCAGUCGUCGUCGUCACGCUUCGGCUUUACUCUCCACCGUCUCCAGUGGUCUCGCCCAGGCUCGACCUCGCGAUCCGUUUCUAAACCCUCGGCUCCGAUUUGCGGCGGCGGCGGCGGCAGCGGAGGAGAUGGCUGCGGAGGCGAGCGCCGCGGGGGAGGAGGCUAAGGCGAAACCCUUCUCGGUCCUCUUCGUUUGCCUCGGCAACAUCUGUCGGAGCCCUGCAGCUGAGGCUGUGUUCCGGAACCUUGUGAGCAAGCGCAGGCUUGAUUCCAAGUUUCUCAUAGACUCUGCUGGUACCAUUGGUUACCAUGAGGGUAAUAAAGCAGACUCAAGGAUGAGAUCAGCUUCAAAGAAGAGGGGAAUUGAGGUGACCUCCAUAUCCAGGCCUGUCAAACCCUCUGACUUCCGAGAUUUCGAUCUCAUUCUUGCAAUGGACAGGCAGAACUAUGAAGACUUACUGAGUUCAUUUGAGAGAUGGAGACACAGGGAACCCCUCCCAGACAGUGCACCAAAGAAGGUUAAGCUGAUUUGUUCAUAUUGCAAGCGUCAUACUGAGUCAGAAGUCCCAGAUCCUUAUUAUGGAGGCCCUCAGGGAUUUGAAAAGGUGCUGGAUCUGCUGGAAGACGCGUGCGAGUCAUUGCUUGAUAACAUCCUUGCGGAGAAUGCAGACAUUUCUGCUUGAUCUUGAUCUGGGAAUGAAGCUAUCUGGAGACUGGUUGUGGAGGCAAUGUAAGCAUCAUUUUUCCAUGGAGCAAUGUUCAGUAUCUAGCUAUGCCAUUUCAUUGCGAUCACCAAAAACACUUGCAUGAUUACAUCAGCAUGCAUGUACUGAUGUUUUUACAAAGUCAAAUCUUUCAUAUACACCAUGAUUUACACUGUAUUCAAAUCACCAACUCGAAUUAGAGAAGCUGAAAUGUUAGAGGUUGACACAAACCAAUCAGGAACCAUACUGAUACUGCCCAGU